UCAAAAUGUAUCUCAUACAGACUGUUCAGACCAGUUGGCGGCCUCAAUUGCCAUUGCCCAAAGAGCUACAGCUCAACGACGAAGAAAAGGAUACUAAAAUAAUAACGACAACAACUCAAGCAGAUAUACACAACGAACAGGAGGAUCAGGAUCUAGAAAUGGAUCGUUUAAGGAGCAAUCAACAUCAUCAACAGCAGCAGCAGCAUCAUCAGCAGGGUCUGGGCGGCUCACAUCAACAGUUGACUAGCAAACAGAAAUGGUCAUUUGGACGAUUAUUUCGUAAUAAUAAUAAGAAAAAGGAAGCUGAAAUUUCCGCCUCAUCCAGUGAGGAGGAUCGCAAGGCGGGCUUUCAGCCCAAUCAACGACAAAGUGCUGGCAACAAAUCUAAGACGAAACAAGGUAAAAGUUCACGCAACUCGAAUAAUGCGUCCAGUCAGAGGCAGCAAAUGGGCUUCGAUCACAUUGUAAUGCCCCAUCGAAUGAUGGAGCAACAGGUGGAUAAUGAGUUCUUUUUACCAUUGGAAAUGGUUGAACCACCACCACAACAUCAUCAUACACAACAACAACAGCAGCAACAACACCAAGAGCCAUAUUAUCAAAAUCAACCAAGUCAAUAUUAUCCACGUUCUAGCAAUUCAUUGGAUCGAAGAAUGCUAAUGCCAAUAGCGCCACCGUCGCAACAUAAAUCAAGAUCAGCUCAAAGAGGUGGAGCAAAUGGUGGUCGCUCUAGUGAAGAGGAAAUGAUUUCCUUAAAUUCCUCAACCUUUUCAAAAUACCGCAGCGACGAGAGUAUACAUAGUGGCGGGCAAGCUCUUAUGCCAGGUGGCUCAAUAGGCUCAACAUCUGGCCAAAGUCGACGAAGUCGAGCGGCACGCAAUGAACGUUAUUACAAACGUUUAUCCCGCGAUGGUGAACAAAGUCAUGGUGGUGUACCCACCAUGCCGCCCCCACAACAACAACAACAGCAACGCUAUAAGACACAACCCUUACCAUUGUCGAUCUAUCAGCCACAGCAAUCCUCAGGAGGUUAUGUACAAUGGCAACCAAGUCAGGGUCACACACAGACAAAGCCAUUGCAAAACUCCAUGCAAAAUGACAAUAAACGCAGCAUUAGCUAUGAUAGUCAUAUGCAUUUACAGAAUAUCAAUGGUCGUAUGCAUAGUAAACCUUUGCCACCACCACCACCUCCACGGGAUCCUCUGCGACGAGUGCCCACACAGAUGGGUUCAAGUUCUGGGGAUUUGAGACCCGUUUCGAUGUAUUCAUUUGAUCAUGGCGGCGGUGGUCGUUGUGUGUCCGAUGAUCGCAUUUGGCAGCCACCGCACUAUCAAUCGGUGCACUCUCUCAACUCUCAGCCAGCCAGUCAGACCUCAUCGAUAGUCAGUGCUCCAACUGGAGGUGGUCAUCGACGGUUUAUCACCAGAUCGGAACGUAAAGCUCAACCGGGUAAACAGUCAUUACCGAAUGGCAUUGAUUUUCAUUAUAUAGCCGAUGCUACGCCACGUUCUCGCAAACCCAUACACAUGAUGGAUAUGGAACGUAUGAAUCACAAAGACGAGAUACCAGCCUCUAGUGGCAUAUUGAGAACUUCCAAAAGUGGUUUGGCGGCGGCACCAGCACCAGCUGCUGCUCUACCCAUAGCGAAACCACGUUCUAUAUCCAGUUCGAGAUUGAGUGAUUAUGCCAAUUGUAAUAUGCCCAUGUAUUCCGAAGUACAAAAACCAAAAAGAAUGAUCAACAACAAUAACAGUAGCAGUCAGGAUAAUGUUAUAUGCGGUAGCUUACACAUCAAACCGAAUCCAAAUGAUACAAAUCGUUCCGAAAACUAUGUGGAGAUACGUCAUAAGACCAACUCUAUGCCACAUCAACAGCAGCAACAGCGUAGAUCUGGUGAUAAAUAUGAGGAAUAUAUUGCCGAAAAGCGGGAACAACAUCAACAGAAACAACCAUCACAACAGAUCUAUAAGGAACGAAAUCAAAGUCUUCCAACAGCAGCACCCAUAUACUUUCCACGCAAAAAGCCAGCCAAUUUGGAGGAGGCGAUCAAUGAACUGGAGGCAAUUUAUAAAUCUCUGGGCCUGACCGAACCCAAAGAGGAGCAAGUGGGUGUAGUGGGAAUCGGAGUGGGAGUGGGAACAGUAGCAGAGAAGCCUGCGCGUAUACCAACGCCCAGUGACUUUGAAAAGUUUGCUUUGGCCCAUGCUGAUGAUUAUGAUGAUGAUGGUGAUUCACCGGCCGGUGAACCAGAUCCCAUACGUGAUGAUGUGGCUUAUAGAAAUCUUCAAUUGGCCAAUUUACACAAUCGUUCGGCGGUGGAAAAGCAAUUGCCAUUCGGUAUACCUCUGGGUCCUAUUGUGCCAGCUCCGCAAUCAGAUUAUUUGCAUGUUGAAGGAUUGCCACACGUCCUGAAGCAGAAGCCAAAGAAAAGCGGUUCACCCGAUAUAGUUAAAGAUGAUUUGGCUGUGCGUGCAUUGCGUAAAGAUCCCCCGGGACCCAAAUCCACAUUCAAUUAUCCCAUGCAAAAGAAACAGCGAGCCAUACGAACUCAAUCGGCCAAUAUAUACAAUUUGAUACAGAGAGAUGCAGCCAAACCAUCUGGCGGAGAUUUAAGUAGCUACAUGGAGCUCAGUCGCAACAUUGAGAGGGCAGGCAGUAUGACUAAUUUGCAGCAAACAAGUGAUAUACCAGCCACAUUGGAUCUACUAAGGAAAUUGAAGGCUCAGGAAGAGGAACUAAAUAUGGUGAAGAAAGUGCCUUUCCGUCAUCCUAGUCUGGGCGGGGCCAUUGCUCAAUUGCCGGAACGUUUGGCCAAAGAUGAACCGUCGGGCAAAUUGCCCUAUCAACCAGUGCCAGCACCACGUAAAAGUCUAACACCCGAACCUAUUCUGGAGGAUGCCCUGAAUAAGAUUGCUCAAGAUGCUCAGGCAAGUAGCAUUAAAUUGAGCCACGAAUUGAAUGAGUUGCGCAAGGAGGCUCUCAUUACAGCGGCCAGGCCAAAAUUGAAUGCGGAACAGCAGAAGCUAGAGGAGGAUCUCGAACAGAUUGAGGCAGUAUCCGAGGCGGCCAAGAGAUGUGGUCAAAUGUUGCUUGAUACGCUGCCAGAUGCCAAUGAGAAGGACGAACAUCCAAAUCAACAACAAGAGAAGCCAUCACGUAAACUUCACAAGGAGGGUAAACUGAUACGAGCCAUCGAUGAAGUGUCCGAGGCAGCAAAUGCUGUAUGUGAGAAGAUCCUUAAAGAUAUUGUGACCACAGAGCCGCCAGUUGUGGUCCAUGAGGCAGUUCAGGUGAAGCAGCCUACAACAAUGGCGGCAGGACAGGAUCAACAGCAAUUGGUGAUGCCGAAUCUUAUCAAGAAACUGGAUCCAAUACAAUCGGAUAAGAUUGAACAUAUUGCCAGGCGUUGUAUGCGACAAUUAAGUGAAUUGGCCAAUAAUCCGGACUAUGAUAAUCUCUCACCAGCAGCAACAGCAACAGCAACAGCAACAACAACAACAGCCUGUAAAGAUGCAGCCCAAAGCAACAACAAACAAGCACCAACAAUUGAUGCAAAUAAUGUUUAUACCGUUGCAGAGAUUACGGGUGCAGGAGUCGGAGUAGGAGGAGGUGGCGUUAGAGGUGGAGUUGUAGGACGUACAACUCUCGAAGAGAUUGAUCACAUAAUGCAAGAAUGCGAACGUCAGGCGAAAAGUCAACAAACAACAGGCAACAGCUCUUCCAUAUCCACCGAUGAUCAACGCACCACAGCACCAAGCAUGACCAGUGGAAGCGGCAGCGGUCCAAAUAAUGUGAGCACCACCGCCAGUUCAUUUAGCUCGAGCAGCGAUUGUUUGGCCAAAUCAUCGUCGAGCCCCUCAAACGCCAGUCGUCCCAUGUCCUCGAGCAUAACGUCUUUCAAUCCGUAUUCAUCGAGUGAUUAUAUUAAAUCACAGAGCAGCGAUUAUCAAGCACCCAGCACUUCAGAUCCAAUCAAAACAUUUAGCACCACAUCAUACGAUAAAGAGACAACGCCAAAUCAAACCACAAUUAGCACUAUAACCACAACCACCAGUAAUAGCAACAGCACCACCAAUAAUUUCGAUUCAAUUGAAGAUCAAACUGCGGCCAAAACAGAGCCGGCUUCUUCUCCCCUGCAAUUGACGCCGAAAAGUGAAAGAAAAUCAAAGGAUGGUGAAAGGGCAUCGUCGGGAGCAUCAUCAUCGCCAUCGCAAUAUAAUUCUAGUGAAGAAUUGGCUGCCAUAUUUGGCAUUGAAGAGAAACCGAAACGUCAUCUACCAGCACCACCAACAACAACUACAACAACAGAAACCAUUGCGGCCUCAAGUGACUUAUCCUUAGAAUCUGCCACUGCCAAAACUACUAGCUGCCAGCAGGUUGAACCGCCGCAACACAUUUCCGACGAUUCAAAUUCUCAGCGUAUAUCAUCAUCUUCAUCAGCGGCAGCAACAACAACAACAGCAACAUCUUCUUCGUAUCGUGGCCAACAUCCUCAUUUUUAUCACCAUACAACGCCAGCCUAUUAUACAGAUCUACAAUUGCGCAUACACACACCGAAUGUGACCGAUGCUGGAGUCCUGAAUGAGAAUUAUCAAAGUGUCUAUCGAACGCCUAGCACACAGUUGACAGAGAAGCGUACAUUUCCCAAAACGACAACAGCCACUGUGGCGCCGCCACCCAUUGGCAAUAGCAACCACCAGCAGCAGCAACCAUCAUUUUUUCGUGGCGACACUGCGUCCAUAGACAGUACAAGGCGUCGGCGACGUCACGGCAGCGAGGAGGGACGUUGCUACAAAUUCUCUCAGGGAUCUGUGAGCCCUAUAAAAAAAGGUGAACAACAACAACCAUUGCUAGAUGAAAAUUCACAUAUAAUUACGAAUUCAAAUCAAAAUCAAUCACCACAACCACCCAGUAGUAAUUCCCCCGUAGUAAAGCAGGCUAGUCAUCAUCAAACAGUAGCAACUCCAGCAGCAGCAGCAGCAUCAGCAACGUCAACAGCAUCAACAAACACUAGCGGACGACAUAGUCGUCAUAGUCAACAACGGUUCUAUAAUCGCUCUAAGCGAGCGGUGCGUGUGCGCAGUGAAUCGCGUCCCAUUAGCGCCUUGUAUGAUAUAAUAUGCAAAGAGAAGGGCCUAGAAGCCAGCAGCACCAGCAGCAGCAGCCACAGCAGCAACAACAACAGCAGCAACAGCGACAGCAACGACGGGGAGGAGGAGAAGCAGCAGCAACAGCAGCAAUCGAGCAAAGUGGCCAUAGCAAACGACACACUGGCGACCUUUUGGCCUUUGCAUCACCAUUAUCAUACGCCCCCAAUGAGUGGCAAUAGCUUGGGCGGCAGCAGCAGCAAUAGCAGCGGCAGCAGCAAUAAGCAGGAACAGCCACUACCAACAUCAUUAUCUAGUCAAGAAAUUGACUUAGAUCCUUCAACCAGUAAUGAUUCCCUAUUGGCUUUGCAUUCUAGUCACAAAGUUACCAAUCUAAAGGCAGCUUCAUUGCCGCCACAAAAUGAUAUAUCACAAUCUAGUGCCGCCAAUCAAAAGCGUUUGAUGGCCUUGCAUCAGCAGCAACACCUUCAACAUCAACAUGAAAAGCAUAACCAUCAACAACAUCGUUCAACAAAGAGCCAGGAGCCAUCAAUCGAAGUCGCUCCACCAUCAAAUGGCCAGGCGAAUUAUGGUCAACCAUUUAGCAUGGAUCGCCUCUUUGUAACGCCACCCAGCAUAGCCAUGUCGCAAGUGAAGCGACAUCUCGCUAAACAUGCCCAGAAAGAUCGUCAAGAAGCUGCUAAAACUAAGGCUGACGAUAUUCCGCCGCCCCCACAUGGUGAUGAUGGUGGAAAUGAUGAUCAUCAUAAUGUUGAACAUUUCGAUCAAGGAGCUGUUUUUGACACUUUGGCACGUUGGCAACAAGAGUUGAGCUCUGCCAGCGAGAAGCCAUCUAAAGAAGAACAGCUAUCUGCUAAUGGACAUAGUCAUAAUUUAAAUCAGCAUGAAACUGAACUAGAUAUUGAACCAGAACAUCAUUCAUCAUUGCCUAUAGUAGAACCUCAAUUGUAUCAUCAAAAUCAUCCGAAUCAUCAGAAUCAUCAUCAGCAACAUCAGGCCACCAAUGCGCGCAGAUUCAUAACGCGUUCAACACGUUCAGCGAGUCGUCAAAGUGCUGGCCACUCAUCGCCGCCACCAUCGGGAGCAACAUCCAUAGCCGGUGCCAAUUAUUAUCAUUGUAGCGACUCCUCAGAUAGUUCGCCAUCACCCACAAGAAGACGUAACCAGCAGCAACAGGCAUCAAUUGAUCAACAAUCCUCGGCCAAUGGAAAUAGUUCGGCUUAUGAAACGGCAGCCACCUCUGUGAUGACACACGGUCCAGCAGCAACAGCAGCACCAGCACCAUCAAUACCAGUUCCUUCCCAACAGCAACAGUCGUCAGCAUCGAUUCCUCUUGUUCCCGCUGCUACGACUAAUACAGCUGAAGUUGUUCCUAAGACGGUGCAUCCAUUGGAUAAAUUGGUUGCUUUACGUCCUCAUCCUUCUCCAGCUCCAGCAUCUUCAGCCGGCGGCGCACCUAACAAAUGCAGCAUUAAUUGCACUUACAACAACAACAACAGCAGCAGCAGCAACAGCAGCAACAAUAAUAACUACAACAACAGCAACAGCAGCUAUAAUAACAACGCCACGCCCAUGCCGCCCUUAACUAAUGCCAACAAAGCGCCGAUAAUUGUGCUUAAAGCAGCAUCAGCAGCAACAGCUCAGCCAACGGCAGCAGCAGCAACAUCGUCUGCAGCGGCAGCAGCUGCAUUAGCAACAUCAAUAACACCAGCAACAUCUUCACCAUCAAAGCGUCGCAAGAAUCCUUUGUCACCUUUACGUCUGGGGGGUCCAAGUCCUUUAUUAGGAGGAAGUGGUGGUGGCUCAUCCUCAUCGGCGACAACAUCGCCUCAAACAUCGCCAGCUGUGCGCACAACCAAGGCCAGCCGUUUGAGGGCAGCAGCGCUUGACAAGAAAAAAGAGGAAGUACGCGAAUUACGUCAACGUUAUAGUUCACCCAGUUCGCCACGUACCAUUGCUGUUGCUUCUGUUACUGCAUCUAAUCGUCGCCUUAGUAGCUCCGAACUAUCCCCCAAAUUAAAUCAAAGCGGUUUCAAUUCAGAGCCAUUAGCAUCAGUUGCCACGGUACGUCAUCAAUCUCGGGCCUGUUCCCAGCCCACGGAUACUCCACCCACACAACGACGUCAGAAUUUGGUAGCUGUGGGCUCUGGCCUAACGAUGAAACAAAAUCUCAGUGAAUUGCAUUUUACUGGAGCAGCAGGAGGAGGAUCAGCAGCAGCAUCAGCAGCAAAUACAUCACAAAAACCAUUAGCUGAAUGCACACUGCGCAUGCGUCCGCGUAGUUCCACCAUGUGUAAUGACAAAAUUUUGCCUGGUGGUGAGGAUGGUAGCAUAAGCAGCAAACCAAGUGAUAAUUUAACCAAUAUACAAUUGAGUCCUGUUGAAAGGAAUAAACGAACACCGGAGGUCUCACCACGUCGUUUAGGGGAUCGCGAUAAAUCAUCGAAACGUAAAUCAAAUUUAAAUCGUUCUUUAACUGAGGAAGCCACCAAGGAUGGCGAUGAUUUGUCAAAUGCAACAAAUGCUGCGGCAAACCGACGACGUCGUCGCCGCGAAUUGGGCCAGGCGCGACCUUUGUUGCCUCCUGAUGAUGAUGUCCUACGUGAUUUGUUACUUCAAUCGCCCAUGAAGGGCUCUUGCAGUGAAUCGACAACAACAACGAAUACCUCCCGUUCAGAAUCCCAGCGAACUAUGACGCAACUACCUGGCAUUAGGAGUCAUCCAGAAGUGCCAGUGCGCACCAUGACAGCGGUUUUGCCCUGCCCCAGGCCACUACAUGCUAGCACAUUGCGUGGACAAAAAUUGAAUGAACGAACUAAAACGGAAUUGGCUGAGAUUAAGAAGAUUGCCGAAAUGGCAGCAGCAACAACAACAGCACCAAUACAAGAGAAAACACCCAUGUCACCCAUACUGAGACGCAAGAGCACCGAUGAUCAACAGAUUAUAGCAGCUCCUUUGGGUCACUUGCAGACCUCACCACCGGCACCCAAUCAAAUUGUAUCGAUACUUAAGAAAAAGGAGCAUGCCUUUGGCGAAUGCAAUUCGAGCAACUCAAGCAAUGCCUCUCCGGUGACAUUCUCAUCCAGUGUCAUGGAUCCACCGCUGGCAACUGGGCGCAGUAAACGUCAGGGUAUACUUAAAAAGCGAUCCAGUUUGGACGAAUCGCGUUACUAUUCCCGUUCCCAUUCACCCGAUGAGCGUAGCAUUUUAAUUAAAUCCGCACGUCGCAACUCUCUCGAAGAAUCAGGCACUGGACUACAGAACACAGGUGGCCAGGGCCAUGGACACGGACAUGGUCAUGGGCAUGGUCAUAGUCAUGGUCAUGGUCAUAGUCAUGGCAUACUUAAACAAAGUAGUUACGAUAGCAGUAAAAGUGAUGGUUGCCCAUCCGCCACAGAAUGCCAGCCUCAUAGUAUACUAAAGAAAAAGGAUUCACUAUCCACACCAUCGGAUGGUGGAUGCCACAAGCAUGUAUCCAUUUCUCAGGCAGUGAUUUUAGCUGCCGCUGAAUUGGCUGCCCACGAUGGUUGUUUGACCACUGGCGGAGGCGGAGGGGGCGAAGAUAUCGAUGAACACGAGAUACGUCCCAUACUCAAACAGGAAAGCACAUCCAGUGAGGAAGCAGUGCGUCCACCGAAACCCAUUUUGAAAAAGAAAUCAUUCGGCGAAGCGGAUGAACAUGAAAUACGUCCCAUCCUAAAGAGCUCGCGCAAAAGUAGCCGUGAGGAAUUCGAUUUGAAUCUAACUCUGGGUCAGAGUCAGGAUAAUGGUGAUAUUCAGCGACCCAUUCUGAAAACCGAAUCGCCCUCUAAGCGACGUUCAUUAGGUUCAAAUUUACAUGAACUGGACUUGGAGACAACAUCGUCAUCGUCCUCGUCAUCGAUGCUAAAGCGACGUACACGUUCCCUGGAGCGACAUGAUGCCGGUUCACCAGUAAUGGAUUUAGCUGCCGCACUCGAUGCCAUUGCCACAUCGCAGACGCCAGUUGAUUUUGUGACCACACCGGCCAGCAUGUCAGUGGCUGAACGAGUUAAGCAUAUGGAAAUGCUAUCGACAACAACAACAAAUUCAACACCAACAUCACGCUCUGUUGGCGGCAUCAAUAGCAUUUGGGAUACACCAUCAAGCCGAAUUCCGAAUGCCAAUGAGGCAGGUGUCGGCCCCAGGCUGCUAAAACCCAGUGUAUUGCGUAGAGAUUUGCAAAGGGAGAGAUACAAGACCCAGCCGGUGACCAGUGAGGAGAAGAGCUUCUUCAAAGCCAACUCCACACCCUUUGACAUCUCGGCCUCAUCGGCCUUUAAGCCCACCAAGCCGCUGGACAUACGCCUAACAUCAACGUCAGCCGUGCAACAGCCGUUAAUUUCGCCGAUCACUGGACAACCGCUAAGUCACGUGCCAGCCCCCUUGCUGCUCUCCUCGUCAGCACAUUCAGCAGGAGCAGCAGCUGGAGCUGCUGGACCUGGUGUUGCUGCAACAUCGUUUCGCUUGGCUCGUAGCUCUACACAGCCAUUGCAAUCACCACGUGUCGUUCAUUUGGCCUCACAGGGCCAGGGUCAGGCUGGUGCUGGAGCUGGUGGUAAUAAACCCUCUGCCCAAUCAACGUUGUUGCGACAACAUUCAAUCAACGAUAGCUUCAGUUUGAGUGAACAGCUCACUCUCUCUUUAGGCAACGAUAGUGAGAAUAUCUUUGAGAUGUCUGGCGUAGAUGAUGAUUCGGCCAUACAAUCGCUUGGCGAUGAAGCUGCUCAGGCAAAAGCUACAGCAACAUCAGCAGCAGCAUCCACAGCAGCAACUACAACGACUACUUUAACCAAUCAAUCAUCAACACCAACGACCACCAGUGGCCUAACACGUAGCAAUAGUGUUCGAGCCCGUGCCAAUAUGUUCCAGCAGUUGCAACAACAGGAACAAACGCGCAAUCGCCGAGACUCUCAUGGUGGAGGUGGAGGCAGUGGAGAACCUCAGCAACAGCAACAACAGCGGUCAACCAUUGCCAACCGUCAAGCAGUACGUCAAUCGACACCGCCGCCAGCGAGUAAUACGCAGGGAUCACCAACGCAUGAUGAGACCAGCACGCCAAAUACAACACAUGAUGCGGAAUUUGAACCCUCAUCUUUAUCGCUGGCCGAACGUUUGGCAUUCUUCACCAGCCUCUGCGAUACUGGGAGCGGCGGCGGCGGCAUCGGCAGUUGUCGCACUAGCAGCUAUUCAAAAAGUCCACCCAUGGAUCGCACACCGCGUAGCAGCACAACAGUCAGCAGUGCAAGUGUCACGCCCACACCCAUGGAAUGUUCACCCCUGUUGCAGGAGGAUCAUCCUAUCCAACCUUACCAGCCCAGGAGUUUGACAUUGGAGAGCAUAAACGAGCACAAUUCACAAAAUAGCAGCAAUCUUUUCCAUGCCCUAAGUCGUUCAGCCACAGAGCCAACAGCGGUCCUUUGUGAUCAGCAACAGUCGGAUCCACAAAUGUUGCCAGGAGCAGUGUCAUCUAUCACAAAAAUCAAAAUACGCACCGUGGGUAAACUGAUUAUGCCGGUUACGUUUAUGGGUGAUCGGAAUAAUAACAAUAAUGCCACAAUUAACCAUCACAAUUCAAGCAAGGCAUGUCUGGGUCGCCUGCAGACACUCGAAGAGGUUAAAAUCUCAAUGGGUGUGCGUACCAUAGGAAAAAUCAAGUCCCCAUUUAUCGAACAGCAGCAGCAGCAGCAGCAUUCGAUACUUCUAACGAAUGGUGGUGGCUCCUCAUCGAAUCAAAGUGAUUCCGAUUCAGGCAAAGAGAACUGUGCCUCAAAUGAGCAAAAAGAUAAGACCUCACCUCAAAAGGUAUCCGAAAUGCGUCGCAAGAUAACCCGGCUAGUGCAACAGCAACAGCUGCCACAAGCCCAGCCAGUGCAGCGGCGACACACCACAGAGAUAACUACCAGAAACAACACUGGCAGCAGCAGCACCAACAGCAACAACAAUCGUUCAUCACUUGUGGAUGAACGUUAUGCCAAAUAUUUUGGUUGCAAGGAUAGCUUUAAGAACACAACAGUACUGAAAACGGAAUCCAUGCCACUGCCAUCAACACUAGCAACACCAACACCACAGGAACAGCAACAGCAACAGCAACAGCAGCAGCAGCAAAACCCUCAGGCAGAGGCCACAAAUGAAUAUGUACGUUUGCCCACCGUUAGUGUGGGUAAACGUCGUGAACUAUUGAAACGUACCCGUCCCAUGUCCUUUGAGUCAUCGAUAUACACACCAACUAAUGGCGCCGGCAACAUCAUUUGCGGUGGCGGCAGCUUUAGUCCCACUGCCAUGCCCAGUCCCAAGAGAGCUCAUUCGCCCGGCAAUCGCAUUAAGGCCAUGAUAUCCUGCUAUGAUGAUAUCAUUGUUACACCAGCUGAACUCAAUGCAGCUGGCAAGGAGUUUCAUCGCCUUUGCGAAGAGUCUUCGGUGGGCUAAAAAGAUUUUUUAAAAAAACCGAAAGAAAAACCCGAAACCCUUUCCAAAAAAAAAAAACAAAAGUAAACAAAAAGAAGUAGGAAAAAAUUGUACAUUUUGGCUAUAUCGAAACAAAAUUUCACAAAUUUUUUUCAAAUUACGUUUCAAAACGAUUCUCUUUCCUCCUCCUUACCAUCCCUGCCUACCUUCCUCCCUACCUUCCUCCCUGCCUCCAUCUUUUACCAACUUUCUUGUGGCCCGCCUAAGGCAAAUGCUCAGUGUGAUAGAUGCGUUUCGCCUCACACAAAAACGAAAUUUUCACCCACAAAUCAUUAUCCAAACGAAACGAAGAAAACAACAACAACAACUACUACUACUAUAUAUUUACUAAUAAAAAGAGUUAUUAUCUAAAAAAAAAAAAAAAAAACGACCCAAGCAAAACAAAAAAAAAAAUAGAACGAGAAAAAACAUACAAUUUAGGCUUGUAAAGGAUAAUUUUUUUUUUUUUUUAAUCUUAUAUUAUCUAUGAUUAUUAUUGAUUUCAGCCAGAUUUAAUGCCAGUUAUAUAUAUAUAUACAAAAACAAAAGAAAAACGAAAAAUAAUUUAACAAUUUGUGCUUGGGCUUAAAUAUAUAAUUUAUAUCAUUUUAUAGGAUGGAUUUGAAUGGAUGGGAAAAAUGGAAAAGAACGAAUUGUACCUUAAAAGGCCUUAUGUUUAUUAUUAUUAUGAUUAUUAUUAUUAUUAUUAAAAUUAUUAUUAUUAUUAUCAUUAUUGCUUAUAUUUAAAGGCGAAUUGUUAAAAAAAAAAAAGAAAACGAGAGAAGAAAGCCCCAAAUAAGAAAUAAAACUCAAGAAAGAUGUGCUAAAUAAAA